CAAUUAAUCUGGCUUUGUGAAUGAAACAGAUGUGCAAAAAUAUGCAACUGAUUUCUUUUGGCUGCAUCCACAACACAGCGCGCGUUUGGAAAUAUGCAUUUGCGUGUGUGAUGAAAUUAUUAUUAAUAAUAAAAAUAGACCUGUCACCACACACUGUAAAUAUCUGCGGAGGCAUCUAGAGACGACACGAACCCAGACAGAUAGUAAUGAAGGUGAUGAUGGCAUUGCACCAAAAUGUCAUCGAAUAAAAAUGCGCCUAACAUGUUCAAGCAGUUGCUCAAUCUGAUAAAGAAGGUUGUUUCAGGGAAAAGCUCUGAUAAUUGACACAUGCCGGUUUGUUUAGAUUCUCUUCCUUAUGUGUGGAAGUGCAAGCACGUUAUUCUCCACUAGUGGUCCUCCUACUGUAAAUAUGUGCCUUUCUGAGAAAUACAAGAGAAACGAAAGUAUAACCAGUAACUGAAAGGCAAACAUCUCAUUGUAAAGAAAAUACACCCUCUAAUUUGCAUGACUGGGAUUUCAGUUUCACAAUGAUAUCAUUUAAACGAAUCACAGAGUCAGAAGAGUUCAUUUCAUUUAAAAGGUAUUUUGUUGUACAGGCUGAUGUCAUUCUUCUUGUUAAAUGGGCUUUCAGGUAUGGCUUAUUCACAUAUAAAUCACAUUGACUGGGCCAUGAAGACUAAAAGCUCAUGCAGACAAUAGAUUUUUGAAUCCCCUGAAAUUGCAUGCAAAACUUUUAAACGGUCUUUUUUGUGUAAUAACUUUAGCACAAAUUAUGUCUAAUAAGCAGAACUUUUUGUGCAGUGCAUGUCUGAGUGUUUUUAAUAUGCAUGCUGUCAUGCAAUCUAAACUCUAUCAGGGGGUGUAAGAAACUUAAAAGAAUAAGAAACUUAUGGAUACAUGCUUGCAUGGUCCGCAGAUGUGGAUUUACUGCAGAAUUCAGUUUCAUUUACGGCUAAGGCUUUACGGAUCUGAACUGAUCUGUCAGCUCUAACACAGUGUUACAUUAACAGGACAAAUGGAAACAUGCAUAAUUCACAACAACCGUAACAGUAAGAUGAGCAUGUUCAACCCUUAGAUUCAUGAACUUAUUGAAUCACACACACACACACACACACACACACACACACUAAGCCUACUAAUACUGAUAUAUGAUGACAUUAGGGUAUUAAUGUGGCCAUUAACCUUAGCUGAUCAUUGUCCAUUCAGAUACUUUUCUUGGUAUCUAUUCUUUGGUUAAAAAAACGAAGAAGAAAAAAGGGAACUUUAUUUGGAAAUGCUUAAACUUUUAUAAGAGAAGUGAAAGAAGACGCUUUACUAUCAGGUAGGAGUGGCCAAAUCCUGAGUUGAUUUCAGAGAAAGCCUGAGAGUGAAAGGAUUCCGGGAAAUGGGCGGAGCUGUUCGCCUUAUAUGUAGAGCUUUCACAGCGCUGUCAGUUCAUUCUGACAUUAGAACGAGCAGAAGAUUCUGUCUCGCGCGGAGGAGCUCUCUAUCGAGAUAUAACGGUGGAAUAAAUCAAUGGGAGUUCAAACACGCCUGAUUUUGGAAACGGCGACGAGAGUUUGUCAAAGGCAGAGUUGUACUGACUGCUCUUGGAGUUCACAUUCGCUAAAACGACAGAUGAGUCUCUAGAUGAUCUUCCUGUGGUACGGCAUGGAAGACCACACUGGUUGGUCUUUCCUGUAGGAUGGUGGCGCACAGUUCAGUGGAAGGGAAUCAAGGCACGGAAGAACCCCAAGCGAGGACAGAAGCCUCCCCAAAGUUCUCCCAAUCCCAAACACCCAGGCCAAGCCAACUGGCAGCGGUUAUCCAGACACAUUUCAGGCCCUUCAACUAUGCCAGGGACUUCAAGACCAUCGCGAAGACCACCUCAAUGCUAGAGGAGAGUGGCUUCUAUUGGGGUCCCAUGACUGUGGAGGAAGCACAUCAGAAGCUGAAGAAGGAGCCAGUGGGAACUUUCCUGAUCCGGGACAGUUGUCAGAGCGACGUUUUCUUUACACUGAGUUACACGGCACAGAACGGUCCCGUCAGCGUCCGGAUUACCUUCAAGAAUUCCAAAUUCAGUCUGACUGGCAGCAAGCAAUCUUUUGACUGUCUUUUCAAACUGCUGGAGCACUACAUCAGUUCCCCGAAGAAGGGUCUCGUCAGGCCCUACAGGAAAGAACCGGUGGAGUCUCUGCAGCAGCUGUGCCGCAGACGGAUUAUCGAAACAUGCGGCGGAAAAGACAUCGACCGCAUCCCUGUGCACCCGAUCCUCAAAGACUUCCUCCAUGCCUUCCCUCAUCCGCUAUGAAGACCAGACUCAUUGCAUUAAAGCGCUGCUGGAAUAUUCUGGAGAUACUUGAUGGACUCCUCGUGGUCCUGUUCUGUUUUAGGACACAGGAAUCAUACUGUAGCACAUUCUGGAAUAUCAGACUUGAACACUGCACAAUGAAAGUUUACAUUGUUUGUGAAUGUUUACACUAUACGGGAAUAUUGUGUUCCUUCGGUUCUAUUUCUGCUAUGCAGAAAGAUUUAUUUCAAAAUAAUACUUUUUAUAAAAAUAAUAAAUGUAUUUGUAAUCAACUUAAA